GCAUCUCGACAAACGAACAAAGAACAAAAGUCAUCAACAGCUCUUCUGAAAGCCCCAGCAGAACCCAUCACUGUGAUUCAUCUUCCGAAGCCGUAGCAUCUCCGGUUGCCAAGUGGAAAAGGAAUGGGAAAAUAACAAAAGCUUACAGACAUGGAAGCAUACAGGUAAGCACACAAGAUACCGAAUUUUUCUCUGCUCUUCUUGUCUCAUAGAGAAUUACUAAAGCGAAUGGGAAAAUAACUUGUGAUGAGUCUAUGAGUCAAAAAGCGAAUUUGGUAACCGGUUGUAGCCCUUUCGGAAUUUUACAAGCGCUAUGCAAAAUAGCCAAAGUCGGGCUUCAAUGUUCAAAGAACAGAGAAUCGAAAAAUUUAACACACUGGAAAUAAACCUGGAACGGAAAUUCUUUUCUUGAACCUGGAAGGAAGGCUGCUCCCUAGCAGAACUGAACCUGGAAAUAAACCUUAUAAAAGCGAUUUUGGCUUGGCCACGCUUGAGGAUAUUCGAAUCUGAAGACCAAAUGUUCGAAGAAAUCGGCAGAGCAGAGGCCACGGCUUGAGGAAGACCAGAACUCGGAACAAAAGCCAGAUCCCUUUCCGUCGCCGUCGAGAACAGCAGCAGAGUAGAGGCGGCCACGCUUGAGGAAAACUGGGUUUGAGGAAGUCUAGGUCACGGGAAGGCAAGAUCCUCUCGUUUCGAGUUUUGGUCUUUUUGAUCAUUUCUUUUCCUGCCAGCGUGGAGGAGGUGUGAUAAAAAGUGGCUUACGAAAAGAAUUUCCGUGAAUUAAAACAUGGUCUGUUUUUGUGUUUUUUCGAGAGCCCCCGCCAGUUCUGCCCUAAAUCAGUGAAUCUCUGAAUCGAUUUCCAAACUGUCUCGCAUUUCCCGCACUCCCCAUGCUCGCUCCCUCCCAACAUUUUCUUUUCGUGGAAACCCACUCCAUCCCCCUCUCUGCCCUAAGUCCUCGAUUUACUGGUUAAGAAUUGGAAUCCCAGAAAACAAAAACAACGAAAACUCACUGCACUGCUCUCCGAGCAUGGCGGAGUCCAGCAAGUCAUCGAAUGCAGAAAACACCAAUGUUGACCGUGUGAGGAACUUGAAUGUUUCCCUCCUGGAUAAAAGGGAAAAUGUUAUGGAAAUUCUAUAUGGGAAAGAUGGUAGUGAAAGUGCCGAAGAACCGAAGGUUGGAAUGAGUUUUUCAUCUGAAGAAGAAGUCAGGUUAUAUUAUAUGAAGUAUGCUAAGCAAGUAGGGUUCGGUGUAUCAAAAAGAAGUUCUAAACCUGGAGAUAAUGGGAAGUUGAGAUAUUUUACCCUUGCAUGUGUUCAACAAGGCACGCCAAAAAGCAACGCAUCCAAUAUUCUUAAACCAAGACCAGUGGAAAAAAUGGGGUGCAAGGCCAAGAUCAAUGCGGCUUUAACUCUUGAUGGAAGGUUUACUUUGUCUACCGUUGUGCUUGAACACACGCAUGCUUUGAGUCCAGGAAAAGCAAUAUUUUUUAGAUGUCAUAAGAGGUUAGGUUCUAAAGCAAAGAGAAAGCUUGAACCCAAUGAAAUAUCUGGAAUACAUACAAGUAAGAACUUUAAAUCACUUGUUGAAACAAAGAGUUCUGAGAAUCUUCCUCUUGAAGAGAAAGAUUACCAGAUUGACAAAACAAGGCAGCAUCAGCUAGGAGUGGGAGGUAGCGAAGCUCUUCGUAACUUCUUCAUUAGAAUGCAACAAAAAAAUGACCAUUUUUUCUACGUGAUGGACGCGGAUGAUGAAUGCCGAGUGAGAAAUGUGUUUUGGGCAGAUGCACGAUGUAAAGCUGCAUAUGAAUCUUUUGGAGAUGUAAUAACAUUUGACACAACAUACUUGACCAAGGCAUAUAAAAUUCCACUUGUAUCUUUCAUGGGAGUGAAUCAUCAUGGCCAGUUGAUUCUUUUUGGGUGUGGAUUAAUAUUAAGUGAGGAUACAAAUAGUUUUGUAUCGUUAUUUGAAUCAUGGUUGAGAUUUAUGAAUUGUCGAGCUCCCAAUGCAAUAAUUACAGAUCAAGAUAAAACACUGCAAAAUGCAAUUGCAAGGGUUUUCCCAAGAGCUCAACAUAGAUUUUGUUUGUGGCAAAUCAUAAAAAGACUUCCAGAAAAUUUUGGAGCACACUCCCAAUAUGAAGCCAUUAAGAGCAGUUUACAAAGUUGUGUAUAUGACUCUUUAAGUCGUGAUGAAUUCGAAGAAAGUUGGCAAAAAUUACUCGAGAGGUAUAAUCUUCAUGAUAAUGCUUGGUUGAAUUUGCUAUAUGGUGACCGACAUCUUUGGGUACCAUCAUACUUAAAAAAUACAUUUUUGGCCGGGAUGUGUACAAUACAACGGGGUGAAGGUAUGAAUUCUUUCUUUGAUGAUUAUGUGAAUUCAAAGACCACGUUGAAACAAUUUUUUGAGCAGUUUGAUAAUGUCUUGAGGAGAAAGGUUGAGAAUGAGAUGACUGCUGAUUUCAAUUCUUUUAGUACACAAAUUCCUUGUAUAACCCAUUAUUCUAUUGAGAAGCAAUUUCAAGAAGUUUAUACCAUCACAAAGUUCAAAGAAGUUCAAGAUGAGUUUAGGGGAUUUUUAUAUUGUGUUGCAUCUUUGCCGACAUGUGAAGAUUCAAUUCAUUUGUAUCAAGUGACUGAUGAGAUAAAAGUUGAUGGAUUCAUAAAACGUGCAAAAUUUUGUGUUGCCUUCAAUGAAGAUAAUGCUGAAGUGAAAUGCCCUUGUAACUUGUUUGAGUUCAAAGGAAUCCUAUGUAGACAUGCUCUUCGUGUGUUGACCAUGUUGGAUAAAGACUUGUCAUCAAAAUACAUUUUGGAUCGAUGGAGGAAGGAUUUGAAACGAAAAUAUACUUUUGUUAAGAGCAGUUAUGAUGAUUUAAGUGGGAAUCUAGAAGCACAAAGAUAUGAUAAGCUGACUAAGUCAUUUUUUGAAGUAGCAUUGAUUGCAUCAAAAAGCGAGGAAGCUUGCAUGAAGUCGAUUAGUCAUGUAAGUCGAUUGAAGGGGGAAUUGGUUCAUCAUGGGUCAAGUUGUGAUAGCAGUACACCCUCCCAUCACCUUCCAGUUGCUUCCCUCGGGAUUUCAAUGCAGGCACCACAUCAUACAUUGGAUGUUAUGGAUCAGGAUGGUGGAAUGUCCACUACAAAUCAAGAUGUGCAUGUUAAUAUUCAGCUAGCCGUGAGGCUCUUGGAUGAAGGAUCCAGAAGGGAGGUAGUCCUUGAUGUUGGGUUGAUCCAAGUCCAGCUCGGAGCUUAACGAGAUAAUUACGAGCAGAGUAUGCAUAUGGCGUGAGUCGCGGGUUUGACCGUGAACCUCUGGUGUGGGUGAGCGAUAUUGUCUAUUCAAACAUAGAGAGAGUGCUAUGAGGGCAAAACCUAUACUAUGGUUGUAGGUGUAGAGAUGUCUCCGUAAAGCAACCAUACUUGGUUGUGCAAGGAGGUGUUGGGAGGUGGCGACACUCAGUGACUCAAAAAAUAGAGAUGUUUGCGUUGGGUGAUAAGAGAAACUGAUACGUGGGAUUAGAGGGAGAGGGAGAGGGCGACAUGGGGUCGUGGGGAGGUGCAGUGCUUCAACAAUGGCGAUUUAACUGGGGUUGUUUCCCGUGGGCCGUGGGAGGUGGUUUGCGGUGGUUGGCUUAUAGUUUCUACAAGGGCGGUGGUGGUCGUAAAGUGUAACCUCCCCGUAUCUCAAUGUACAUAUAUAAUUCGUACUCGUAUGUUCUUUUCGUUCUUUUUUUUAAUAAAAAAAUAUGAAAAACAACGUUAGCAA